UUCUGGCCACAUUCAGUACACCUCCUGUGGUACUGGGAAUCAGCAUCUUUCAGCAUCUAGCGAGAGCGGUUGUCAUGAUGUUUACAUCUGUAGCCCUGCAAUGAAGAAGCCUUGACACAGGCGUUGCCAGCAGUAGCCCAAGAGCUUGCCGCAGCAGUGAGUGUGCUAAGUGGUGUGACUGUCUGAAAUGUGUCGGUGCACGUAAGGAGCAGCGCAUCGUCUCCUUCUGCCGGUGCAUCCUCUGCUGCAUCAUUUCUGUCUGCCUGGCCAGCCAGGAGGGAUACCGGCACCAGCUUAGCCGCAGAGCCCCGUCACAUAGCUUUGCAUGCAGCUGGUGGUGGUGAUGAUGCGAGACGAAUGUGUUGCUAUUUCGGCAGCGUUAAUAGUAAGGGGCCGUGUCUAACGCUAUUGUUGGGACCUUGCAGGAGGGCGGAGAGGGAGGAGGAUGAUGAUGGUCGGGGAGUCUAUACUGAACAGGUGUAAGGGUCUGGAGUCGAGGCACAAAACGAUGCCCAAUAAUACUAUAUUAGCUAACAAACCCAGGAGUGGAGAGACAGUGAAAGUGGUUGUCAGAUGCCGACCUAUGAGCAGGAAAGAGGAGGCGACGGACAACGACAGAGUCGUUGACUUGGAUAUUAAGCUGGGGCAGGUGACUAUUGCCAACCCCAAAGCCACCCCGGGGGAGCUCUCAAAAACGUUUACGUUCGACGCUGUAUACGAUGCCAAUUCUAAGCAAAGCGAUGUCUAUGAUGAGACCGUUAGACCGCUGAUCGAUUCAGUUUUGCAAGGGUUUAAUGGGACAGUGUUUGCUUAUGGGCAGACGGGGACUGGAAAAACCUAUACUAUGCAAGGAGUGUGGGCAGACCAGGAGAAAAGAGGUAUUAUUCCAAAUUCCUUUGAACAUAUAUUUACUCACAUAUCCAGGUCCCAAAAUCAACAGUUUCUAGUGAGGGCGUCUUACCUAGAAAUCUACCAGGAAGAAAUAAGAGAUCUGCUGUCAAAAGACCAGAAUAAGAAGCUUGAGCUGAAGGAAAACCCAGAAACUGGUGUUUAUAUCAAAGACCUGUCCUCUUUUGUAACCAAGAAUGUUAAGGAGAUUGAACAUGUCAUGAAUAUUGGCAAUCAGGCUAGAUCAGUUGGUGCCACAAACAUGAAUGAGCAUAGCUCUAGGUCCCAUGCUAUUUUUGUUAUCACUAUAGAGUGUAGUGAGACUGAUGAAGAUGGGGAAAGCCACAUCAGGGUGGGAAAGCUGAAUCUGGUGGACUUGGCUGGCAGUGAACGCCAGAGCAAAACAGGAGUACAAGGUGACAGACUUAAAGAAGCCUCAAAAAUUAAUUUAUCUUUAUCAGCUCUGGGCAAUGUGAUCUCAGCCCUUGUAGAUGGAAAGAGCAGUCAUAUACCAUACAGGGACUCAAAAUUGACCCGCCUACUACAGGAUUCUCUUGGAGGGAAUGCAAAAACCAUCAUGAUAGCUACUAUUGGGCCUGCAUCAUGUAACUAUGACGAAAGCUUGAUAACGCUCAGGUAUGCCAACAGGGCCAAAAACAUAAAAAACAAGCCAAGGAUUAAUGAAGAUCCCAAAGAUGCUUUGUUAAGGGAGUUCCAAGAGGAAAUAGCCAGACUGAAGGCUCAGUUGGAGAAGAAAGGAUUGCUCAGUAAGAAGAGAAGAAGGAACAGUCGACGGAAGAAGGAAAUAGAUGGAAAAGAAACAGCUGAUGGAGAUAUGGAGGAAGAUCAUGAUGACAGCAUUGAGAAAAACAUGAAUUAUUUAGAAGAAGAAAAAGAAGUUUUGGAAAAGGAGAAAGCAGCUAUUCAAGAUGACCAAAACUUAGUGGCUGAGGAGAAACUGAAACUACUGGAUGAAAAACAGAGGAUGAUGGAAGAUCUAAGAAAAGAGCAGGAAGCCACUGAGCUGCUGGCAUCUAAGUACAAGGCUAUGGAGAGCAAGCUCCUGGUAGGAGGAAAGAAUAUUAUUGACCACACUAAUGAGCAACAGAAAAUGCUGGAACAGAAAAGACAAGAGAUUGCAGAACAGAAACGCAGAGAAAGAGAAAUGCAGCAAGAGAUGCUCUUGAGAGAUGAGGAGACAGUGGAGCUACGAGAGACAUUUUCAUCCCUUCAGCAGGAAGUUGAACUCAAGACCAAGAAGCUUAAAAAGCUGUAUGCCAAGCUGCAGUCAGUGAAAGCUGAGAUCCAGGACCAGCAUGAAGAGUAUGUGAGAGUGCGGCAGGACCUGGAGCAAACACAGACAGAGCAGACACGAGAACUCAAACUGAAGUACCUAAUUAUUGAGAACUUCAUCCCUCCAGAAGAGAAGAAUAAGAUUAUGAACCGACUCUGUUAUGACUGCGAGGAAGAUCAGUGGAAGCUUCAGCCACUAGUCCCUGCUGGAAUCCACCAACAGAUGAAGAAAAGGCCUUCCUCUGCAGUGGGCUAUAAGAGACCAAUCAGCCAACACGCAAGAGCUGCCAUGACAACAGGACCACAUCCUAGAUAUCGGGCUGAAAACAUCAUGUUCCUUGAACUAGACUCCUCUCCACCUGCUGUAUUUGAAAUGGGAUUUUCUCAGACAGAGCAGGACCCCAGAGCUCUUCAUCUUGAAAGGCUCACACGUUUGGAUAGUCUUGCAGAACAGCCAGCUGCCACCAGACUACGGAAAUCCAGAUCUUGGUUCCAGUCUCCCAGAAAACUUCCUUCAUCUGCCACACAAAUGUCUCUGUCUUCAGGAGUGUCACGUUCCUCAUCCCUCUCUCAUAAGUGAGCUGUAUUACCACGAAUGGCAAAGAUGGCUGAUAGUUAACAUCGUUUGUUUGGUCUUCUGUCUUCACUGAUAGCUGCUACAUCAAGUUAACAGUGAUUUACCAAAAAAAGACUAAUGCUCAUCUCCAAGGAGAAAGAAUCAUGACAAGUGAUCAUCUGCUGAAACUGCUGCCUAACACUUUUAAAGCUAUUUAUCCCCAGGCCUGAAGUCAGCAUGUUAAGAACAAUUAUUUAUUAAAACAGUACUCACCAUGUGGUGAUUUUUGUGCCAAGAUGUAUUAUUUUCAGAUGAUACAAUUGUCUUUCUGUCUUAUUAGUUUCGGGAGUUGCUACAGAGGUGAGAUAUACCAGUCAGAAAACCUGGAUACAGCUGUCAGACAUCUGUAGUUUCUGCAUUACGAUAUGAUCAAUAUACCAAGUCAAUCGCAGAAUUAUUUCAUCCAGCACUGUUUCAUGUGUGCUUAGCCUCCUUUGUUUCUAUGACAAUACAACAUCUUUGUAAACGGAAGCUGUAAGCACCAAAUUCUGUUAAACUGGAACUGGACAUACAUGGAGAGGACUUAAUUAGACUAAAAGAGGACAGCAAAAAAAAAAAACAAUGGCAUUCAAAAUGGUAGUGAGGCAUCUCAUCGUUCAGUGUCUAGUUUAGAUACUGUUCUGCUUUAGCCUUGUCGCCCACUGAUACUAUAAAUGAAUACAGAACUGUUGUCAGUCACUUGGUACAUAAAAGGAUAAAAAGGGAAAACUGUUCAGUUUAGUGGUCUGUUGAUAGUGAGUAAGCUUAGUGGCAAACACUGCUUAUGUGCGAGCACAUUAUGUCCCAGGGAGCAUGGAUUGGUGGGGCUGGAGUAAAAGUGGGUCUUCCAGCUGACACAAACAGUGCUGAUUCUUACUACCUCCAUGUGGAUCAUUUUAAUACUGAAAUGAAAUGUAUUAAUUUUACCGUACAUUGCAUUAUUCAAUAAUUCCUACAAUGCGUAUAGUGCAUGUGGCUUUCUGAGCUCGAGCUAACAACUCUAUAAUUCCUUGCAAACCUAUUCACUUUCCACUCUAUAGUUCCUAACAAAUCUAUCCACUUUCCAUGACAUUGUAGAAUCACCCAGAUUACUAGUCCCAUCACAAGCAUUUUGUUUCUGUUAACAGAAACAAAACAGUGCAGAGUAUUAAAAAGAGCAAAAUUAAGUAUUGCUCACAUUUGGUUCUGAAAGCGACAACAGUCUCUGGUUAUAUGAGAAUAAACAAUAUGAAUGUAGGUGCUGUUCUUACCAGCUGAUUGUACUGCAACUUUAAAACUUGCAUCUGAACUAUUCAUUAACAAAACUGUAUUCUGCAGUGAAUUCUUCACUAUGUAAUUUGUAUGACUUUAAGCACACUGCUCAUAGAAAUUCUGAUGCAGCCUUUACAAUUGUUAUAUAAGCUGAUAUUGUUAAAUGAAAGAGCCUGUGUUGAAAAUAAGGUCAUAACUUGCUAUUCUGUACACUUUGGUCAGGUCUUUCUAAAUAGAUAUGCAGUACACACUGUGACAGUCAUACAAAACUUGCAAAUAUUUAUGCCCUCUCUCAGUCAAGAACUGUUCCUUGGGAAAGUACAUUAGUGUAUGAUAUUUAGCUAACAGUAAAGUAUAAUAUUUCUUUUUAUCCA